GGAAUUCUCGAAUAUUACGUGCGAGAUCGCGCACGUGAACUGAAGACAUUUGACGUCUGCUGCACGUAAAAACAUCUACAAACCUCAUUUAUUUGGGCUCAAAUACCAAGAACUUCAGCUGCGAUAUGUCCAUGUAUGGAGCAUACCCAUCUGGCCAUGAUAUUAAUACCGAGAUACAGCAACGGCAACGCCAGUAUGCAUUGCUGAUGGAAAUCCAGCGGCUUUGCAGAGAGCUACCCAUGGCCUACCAGCAGCGUAUGCCGUAUAGCAUGCUAUCCAGUCUGUCUGCAUCAUUAUUACUUGAUGGGACAGUGUUUGAGAUUGUCAACCACCUUGCCGAGAUUCAACACAUGACGGAGCGUAAGCUGAUGGAGCAACGCUCGACACUUGUCAACACCCACAAAGCCAUGAAGCAAGAGAUGACAAAGAAGCACCGUGAAGCAUUGCAGAGCUGCCAGAGCAAGCCUCACAAUCUGAAGCUGGUCACCAGCACCAAUGAAAAAGAAAAACAGGCUCUAGAGAAACGACUCCAAGAGGAGAUCAGAAAAUGUGACGAGCGGAUCGUGCUUGAGCUUGACCACCGCGUUGCCGAGCAACAGAUGACCCUGGGGAGGCAGGCAGGUUUCUUCACCACCAGCAACGCAGGAGGCCGCCUCCAGAUGUGCCUUCUGGAGAUCCGUAAACUCAGCAAGAUGAACUUCAACGCUGUGCCGCCGGCUUCACGUGAUAGACCAAGACUGGUUGAUUGUGACAGCAGCAGAGAUAAUAGUGGAGCCUGCUAUUCCCACUGA